UCCUCCUGUCUCAAAGUGCUGUAAUUUUCUUCUACCACCGGAAAUUUGACUCGGGAGAGGAAUGCAGGACCCGUAGCCAGUUAUAAUUGUGAUUCAAGACAACUUCUAUCAGCAGCAACCCAGUCAGACCAUGGCUGGCUUCAGACAAGAGGAUGUGGAGGCAUUCUAUGAUAUGGGAGAGGAGCUGGGGAGUGGACAAUUCGCCAUCGUACGGAAGUGUAAAGACAAGAGUUCUGGCUCGGAGUACGCCGCCAAGUUAAUCAAGAAGCGUCGCCUGUCGUCCAGCCGCCGGGGCGUAAGCCGCGAGGAGAUCGAGAGGGAGGUGAACAUUCUGAGAGAGAUCCAGCACAGCAACAUCAUCACGCUGCACGACAUCUUCGAGAACAAGACGGACGUCAUCCUCAUCCUGGAGCUAGUGUCUGGAGGGGAACUAUUUGACUUCCUGGCAGAGAAGGAGUCUCUAACAGAGGAGGAGGCCACACAGUUCCUCAAACAGAUCCUGGACGGGGUCUACUAUCUACACUCCAAACGCAUCGCUCAUUUUGACCUGAAGCCAGAGAACAUCAUGCUGCUUGAUAAGAACGUCUCCAACCCCAGGAUCAAACUCAUCGACUUUGGCAUUGCUCAUCAGAUCAAAGCUGGAAAUGAGUUUAAGAAUAUCUUUGGAACGCCAGAGUUUGUUGCUCCAGAGAUAGUCAACUAUGAACCACUUGGACUGGAGGCUGACAUGUGGAGUAUUGGAGUGAUCACGUACAUUCUUUUGAGUGGUGCCUCUCCGUUCCUGGGGGAGACCAAGCAGGAGACUCUGACCAACAUCUCUGCUGUCAACUAUGACUUUGACGAGGAGUACUUCAGCAAUACCAGUGAGCUGGCCAAGGACUUCAUCAGGCGCCUGCUGGUCAAGGAUCCCAAGAAGAGGAUGACCAUCGAUGACAGCCUUCAGCAUCCCUGGAUCAAGGUGAUCAAGAGGCGGAACGUGCGCCAGGAGGAGAGCGGGAAGAAGCCGGAGCGCAGGCGCCUGAAGACCACGCGUCUAAAGGAGUACACUAUCAAGUCCCACUCUUCCAUGCCCCCAAACAAUACCUACGUCAACUUCGAACGCUUCUCCCAGGUGCUGGAGGAGAUCGCUGCUGCUGAGGAGGGGCUGAGAGACCUGGAACAGAACCAGAGGUCGUGCCGGGAGGACGUGGCUGCUCUCCUGUCUAUCUACGAGGAGAAGGAGGGUUGGUACAAGGAGGAGAACCAGAGCAUCGCCAGCGACCUGGGUCACAUCCGCCAGGAGCUGCAGCGUACCCAGGCCCAGCGCAGGCAGAGUCAGGAGGAUGCCCGUGCCACCAUGCUGGCUGCUAACGCCCUCAAGAGGAAGUUUGGCCGUCUGGAGAACCGUUACGAGGUCCUGGCAGAGCAGGUGGCAUCAGAGGUGCUCUGGGUGGAGGAGCUGGUCAGGGGGAUAGAGAAGGACAGCCUCGUCAUGCCCUGAGUUUGGCCUGGCUUCUAGUAUCACUGACCUGGUCAUGCCCUGAGGCCAGCCUGGCUUCUAGUAUCACUGACCUGGUCAUGCCCUGAGGCCAGCCUGGCUUCUAGUAUCACUGACCUGGUCAUGCCCUGAGGCCAGCCUGGCUUCUAGUAUCACUGACCUGGUCAUGCCCUGAGGCCAGCCUGGCUUCUAGUAUCACUGACCUGGUCAUGCCCUGAGGCCAGCCUGGCUUCU